AUGAACGUCGCGCUGCAUGAGCUGGGUGGCGGAGGCAGUAUGGUGUUUGCUAAGCUUCGGGAUGAAGAAGCACCGGAGACUCCAGUAGAAGGCAGGGCCACCCAGGACUCAUUGGAGGUGGGCAAGGGGGUUCCCCCUUUCUCCUCAGGCCUCGCCCUUGGCAUGGCGCCUGUCAUAACCAUGUGCUCUGGGCUCUUCUGGUGGGUCACCUGCUCCAGUUUCCACUCCAUCUCUGGCCUCUGCGCCAGGACUAGGGUGGGGUUCCAGAAGAGGACAAGAAGACUCUUUGGUUCACACACACAGCUGGAGCUGGUCUUGGCAGGCCUCUCUCUAGUGCUGGCUGCCCUUCUUUUGGGCUGCCUCGUGGCUCUGUGGGUCCAGUACCACAGAGACCCAGCCCAUAGCACCUGCCUCACAGAAGCCUGCAUUCGAGUGGCUGGGAAAAUCCUGGAAUCUCUGGACCGUGGGGUGAGCCCCUGUCAGGACUUUUAUCAGUUCUCCUGUGGAGGCUGGAUUAGAAGAAACCCUCUGCCCAAUGGGCGUUCUCGCUGGAACACCUUCAACAGCCUCUGGGACCAGAACCAGGCCAUACUGAAGCACCUGCUUGAGAAUACCACUUUCAAUUCCAGCAGCGAAGCUGAGCGGAAGACGCGACGCUUCUACCUGUCCUGCCUCCAGCUGGAGCGCAUUGAGAAGCUAGGAGCCCAGCCCCUUCGAGACCUCAUUGACAAGAUCGGUGGUUGGAACAUCACGGGGCCUUGGGAUGAGGACAACUUCAUGGAAGUGCUAAAGGCAGUAGCCGGAACGUACAGAGCCACCCCCUUCUUCACGGUCUAUGUCAGUGCCGAUUCUAAGAGCUCCAACAGCAACGUCAUCCAGGUGGACCAGUCUGGGCUUUUCCUGCCCUCUCGAGAUUACUACCUAAAUAGAACUGCCAAUGAGAAAGUGCUUACUGCCUACCUGGACUACAUGGAAGAGCUGGGCGUGCUGCUGGGUGGACAGCCCGCCUCCACCCGGGAGCAGAUGCAGCAAGUCCUCGAGCUGGAGACACAACUGGCUAACAUCACUGUGCCCCAGGACCAGCGGCGUGAUGAAGAGAAGAUCUAUCAUAAGAUGAGCAUCUCGGAGCUGCAGACUCUAGCACCCUCCAUGGACUGGCUGGAGUUCCUUUCUUUCUUGUUGUCACCACUCGAGUUGGGUGACUCUGAGCCCGUGGUGGUGUACGGGACUGAGUAUUUACAACAGGUGUCGGAGCUCAUCAACCGCACGGAACCAAGCGUCCUGAACAAUUAUCUAAUUUGGAACCUGGUGCAGAAGACGACCUCAAGCCUUGACCAGCGCUUUGAGUCUGCGCAGGAGAAGCUGCUGGAGACCCUCUAUGGCACCAAGAAGUCCUGUACGCCAAGGUGGCAGACCUGUAUCUCCAACACAGAUGACGCCCUUGGCUUUGCUCUGGGCUCGCUCUUCGUGAAGGCCACGUUUGACCGGCGAAGCAAGGAAAUCGCCGAGGGGAUGAUCAGCGAAAUCCGGUCUGCUUUUGAGGAGACCCUGGGAGAGCUGGUUUGGAUGGAUGAGAAGACCCGGCUGGCAGCCAAGGAGAAAGCAGAUGCCAUCUAUGAUAUGAUUGGUUUCCCUGACUUCAUCUUGGAGCCCAAAGAGCUGGAUGAUGUUUAUGAUGGGUAUGAAGUCUCUGAAGAUUCUUUUUUCCAAAACAUGCUGAAUCUGUACAACUUCUCUGCUAAGGUGAUGGCUGACCAGCUCCGCAAACCUCCCAGCCGAGACCAGUGGAGUAUGACGCCUCAGACUGUGAACGCUUACUACCUUCCGACCAAGAAUGAAAUUGUCUUCCCUGCUGGCAUCUUGCAGGCCCCUUUCUACGCUCACAACCACCCAAAGGCCUUGAACUUUGGUGGCAUCGGCGUGGUGAUGGGCCAUGAGUUGACACAUGCCUUUGAUGACCAAGGGCGUGAGUAUGACAAAGAAGGGAAUCUGCGUCCUUGGUGGCAGAAUGAGUCACUGACGGCUUUCCAGAAUCACACAGCCUGCAUGGAAGAACAGUACAACCAGUACCAGGUCAACGGAGAGAGGCUCAAUGGACUCCAGACACUGGGGGAAAACAUCGCCGAUAACGGCGGCCUUAAGGCUGCUUACAACGCCUACCAAGCAUGGCUGAGGACACAUGGGGAGGAGCAGCAGCUACCUGCUGUGGGGCUCACCAAUCACCAGCUGUUCUUUGUGGGAUUUGCCCAGGUGUGGUGCUCGGUCCGCACACCAGAGAGCUCUCACGAGGGGCUGGUGACCGACCCCCACAGCCCUGCCCGUUUCCGAGUGCUGGGCACUCUCUCCAACUCCCGUGACUUCCUUCGGCACUUCGGCUGCCCUGUCGGCUCCCCCAUGAACCCAGGGCAGCUAUGCGAGGUGUGGUAGACCUGGGUUGGGAGAGAAAUGGGCCACUGUGGCCAGGGGCUGGGGCUUCCAAGUUAGGAGAAAGUAAAGAUCAGCUGGUAUGGUUGUCUCUCCACACCACAAGUGACACAAAUCUAGUCUCCACCACCACAUCGUGCCCUUGCUUUGGGGGUGCCUGUGCCUCUAGCAGAGAUGCCACCAUUCACUGUGACACAUUUCAAAUGUGUCACCCUGGAGGAAGUCUAGGCAGACGUGCCAGUUCCUACAGAGAGGAUUCUGUCUCUUUUGGCUCCAAGCUUACUCAUUUGGGAGCCAAGAGGAUAUGCCUGGGGCAUGCCCACCUCUCCCCAGGAAUAUCCAGUACUAUAUGGAAAUGAGCUCAACUCCCUGCAGCCCCACCCUCAGGCUUCCCCCACCUGUUCCUUGUGCUCCUCCUAGUACUGCUGCUCCCCUCAAGGACAGAGCAACUGAACUCAAGUGGAAGGCCAAGGGCUCUCUCGGGUGAGAGGAGAAAUGUGUAUGUAUAGUUCGUGCUGGUUCCGUGUUUUAGGGCAUGAGUCUUAGGGAUGGCCGAUUGUCCCUGGGCCAAACAGAAAAGCAGAUCUAGUAGAGAAAA